AUGUACAAUCGUCUUAUGGAGCACUACAUGAAUCAAAUUUAUCAACAGAAGAAGCUAGUAGAAGGAGAACCUGGUGUAGAUGAUGACUCAAUUCCCAACAAAAAGGAAUCUACCCUCCACCUCGUCCUCCGUCUCCGCGGUGGCGCCAAGAAGCGCAAGAAGAAGACUUACACCAAGCCUAAGAAGAUUAAGCACAAGAAGAAGAAGGUAAAGCUAGCCGCACUCCAGUUCUACAAGGUUGAGGAUUCUGGCAAGGUACAGAGACUGCGUAAGGAGUGCCCAAAUGCUGAAUGUGGCGCCGGAACUUUUAUGGCUAACCAUUUUGAUCGUCACUAUUGUGGUGGUUAUCGUGUCGGGGUGCAGGUGGCAGCGAUGAUGGAGUGUGCACUUGCUGGUAAAUUUUGGUUUGAAAGAAGGGUAAAGCUCCUUGCUGGUCUUAACAGGGGUGUGCACUUGCUGCAAAUUCCUGCUGAAGUUCAUGAGGCCGAGCUUCCUUUUAUGAUUCCACAUGUUAAAGCAUCUUCUCCUCCUAUAUCUUCUUCAAUCCAGAAGUUACUUCCCAACUCAUCAGACUUUUCUCUUCAAGGAUUUCCCUUGGUUAAUAUGGACCGUCCACCUCAAUCUACUUGGAUAACUAGCAGCAGCGGUGGGGAUGAUACUACUGCGAAAAUCGAAAGUAUGAUGGAGGUGGCAGGGGUGGUGCUGGGGCCUCAUCCUCAAAGGAGCACCACCCUUUAUCUCAAGCAGAAAGGGCCGAUUACCAGAGAAAAAAAAUCAAGCUAUUAUCAAUGCUUGAUGCGGCACAUGGAAGAUACAUACGAUACUGCGAACAAAUGCAGGCAAUGGGAAAAUGAUGUUACAAUUAGUAUUGGGUUGACAAAGGGAGACACACCAAAGCUUAAGCUGCUUGAACAAAAGUUUAGACAACAAAAAUCCCUUCAUCACAUGGGAAUGCUGGAUCCUGAAGCCUGGAGGCCCCAGAGAGGAUUGCCUGACCGUUCUAUUAACAUUUUGAGGGCUUGGCACUGA